GUUUUGUCUGACAAAUUGUAAAUAAACAAGCUCGUUUCGCGCUCCAGUUCAGUUCACUUUUCACAUUUUCUCUGAAAAAAUUGCGUGUGACGAACAGUUUUAGUUGAUCUCUGUGUUUCGUUAGAGCUAGGCUAGGCAAAACAGUAGUUAUUUAUAAUUGAAACAGAGUUUGCCAUAGUUCGCAAUUGUUCUGUCGCUGGGAAAGUGAAGCAGCAUGUUCCUUCUGAGAUCACCUCUCGCGUCAUCGAUUGGAUCAAAGUUGUUCCAAAAAACGACUGCCCUUCGGACUUCGGCAGCCGUUAUCAGUGCGAACAGCAAUGGUGUUGGUAAAUUUGCCGUAUUUGGUCAAAGCUUGUCGCACAUCAGUUACCUGAAGGGGCAGGGAGACCUGGAAUGUACCGCCGGAACAAUGACCGACGUAAAGCAAAUCAUCAUCAAAAAGCUCGGCAUCGAGGUGGGAUACACCCCAUUCGUGAGUACACGUGAGCAUCUCACUCAGUAUGCACCGAGAACCUUGGAGGAAUUACCUCCGCGCAGUAUGCAGGACUCGUUCACUUCGGCUAUCAUCCCUUUGACGAGCGAUAAGAUUCUCAAGGAUAAAUACGUCGGUUUUAUGGGGAACGUUCGGUUGGGUCGCCUCAUGGAGGACAUGGAUAUGUUUGCUGUGUGGGUAGUGCAUAAGCACUUAUUACUGCCAAACCUACCGGAAGGAGUGGCCCUGCCGUACACGUUUGUUACCGUCAUGGUGGACAAGAUAGAUUUUACGGAUUUGGUUCCGACUCACGAUGCAGACAUUCGGCUCUCCGGACACGUUAGCUGGGUGGGUCGCACUUCGAUCGAAAUCGUAGUAUGGAUGGAGCAAAAGUUGCACGGCAAGUGGCGCAAAUUGACCCGCGCUUUGUUCCUGAUGGCGGCUAGGGAUGCAACCAAUACGAAGGCAGCUCUAAUCAACCCUCUGAUACCGGCCAACGAGGAGGAGAAGGUCAUUUUCGAUGGAGGAGAAUCUCGUAAAAAGCGACGUAUCCAACUGCAGAAGGAAGACUUGCUGAAAACGGAACCGAAUGACUUCGAGCAAGGGCUGGUGCAUGAUUUGUUUGUUAAAUCGAUCGAUACGAAGAGUCGUGCUUUUAAUAAGCGAAUCCUGCCCCCGGGAUACACCUGGAUGGAGGAUGCCACCAUGGCCAACAUUGUUUUCUCCCACCCGGAAGAUCGCAAUGCUCACAAUAAAGUUUUCGGUGGUUUCCUAAUGCGAAACGCAUUGGAACUGAGUUGGGCAUUGGCGUACAAUUUCGCCAAACGGCGACCGAAACUAGAACACAUUUCCGAUAUCAGUUUCCACCAUCCCGUCGACGUAUCCUCGAUGCUGAACAUGCAGGCUCAUGUGAUCUAUACCGAUCUCCAUUAUAUGCAGAUCGUCGUGCUGGCGGAUGUCUAUGACGCCGUCACAGGACAACAAACCACCACCAACUCGUUCUACUAUACUUAUUCGGUGGCAGAACGGCUGCCUCACAUAAUGCCCAAAACUUACCAUGAGGCCAUGUAUUACAUAGAAGGACGUCGGAAAUUCCGUUUUGCUAUGGGCCUUGACGCUCCGAAGGGCACAACAGGUCCUACUCAAUAGAGUAGUGAUUGAAGAUUUGAACCUUUUUUGGGAGAAUAUCGUACUUCAAGUGCAACUAAAAUUUGAUAUUAUUUUUGUCAAAACAGGUGCUUAUUUUUUAAUAAUUGGAUGUUAAUUCUGUUGUUAUUCUGUUCUACCCGCCGUAUAUGGACGCUUAUAUUAUAUAUUGCAAACGCUAUUGUGUAUUAUAACUACUACUUACCGCCAGUAAUAAUUAUAAUUACUAGUUAAAGUUCA